CGGCUGGCACCGCAGAAGCAGCGGAUCGUCCUCUCUCUUCGUGUGUGUGUGUUUUUUUUUUUUCAGUCUCGGGUGGAGUCUGCGUCUCGUCGCUGCUCUGCGGGUUAACGGGAGGAGGAUUUUUUCUUUUUCGUUAGUUUUUGACUUCUGCUCGUCAACCUCAAGAGACAUCGAAGAUAGCUCCUCGAAGAUGACGACGACCACCACGUUUCAAGGGUUAGACCCCGGUUCUAAAAGCAGCUCCAGGGUACUACGGCCGCCCGGCGGAGAGUCCAACUUCUCUCUCGGCGCGGAUGACAACACGACCCCCCAGCGCAAGAACAAGAUGGCCUCUAGCAUCUUUGCAGAACCCGACGACCCACACGCUCAUCGAAGGAACAAUCCACCAACCGGGGCACCUGCAGGGACCCUGUGCGGCGAGCCUUCGGCCCCUCUGAGGCGGGUCCAGCAGCCUCUCCUCUUCCCCAAGAACCCCCAGCCGGAGCUGACCACCAUCCACAACUCUGGAGCCGCCCUGAUCUGGAACCAGAGACGAGAGGGCGAGAACGGCCAGGAACAAGCAAACGAUGCUGUAGAAAGUCCCGAAGACGUGGAGGGGGAGCAGCAGGAGGAGCCAGAGCAGAAGGAGACGUCACAGCCCCCCGCCCCGUCGGGAGGAGCCAGCGCUGCCGCAGGCGGCCGAAGAAACCCCCCCGGUGGCAAAUCCAGCCUCAUCCUGGGUUAAGACGACCACUUAUCUUUUUUUUCUUUUAUUUUUGUUAUUAUUUUUUCUUUCAUUCAAUCACUUUUUUUGUUAUUUUUUUGAAGAUAAAAAAAAAAAACACCCCUGCCACUCUCUUCCUCCUCAUCAACAUGUCACCGUCUCUUCUCGUUCCCGUGCCGUCACGUCCGUGGACUCCCACGUCCUCUCACGCCACCCUCAAACCUUUUGUUUGAUCCUUUUUUCUAUUGAAAGAAGAAAACUGUUGACAAAAGCACUUUAUGUAUCUCCCACGCCCCCCCCUCCUCCAUCACUGCCCAUCCUGUAGUGCAUCGCGCCUGCUGGGAAAGGCAUGACAUUUUAGCUUCUCCCUCAUUUCUUCCCACCCCCGUUGUAAAUGGUAAAACAAAACAAAAAAUAAAUAAAGAUUUGAUGUGUGGAUUUCUAAAUACAAUAAAGAUUCAUAUGAAAUUGCU